AUGGGAUCGGCCGGAAAUGGCGGAGAUCAAACACUGUUAUUGAGCAGCACUGUAGACUCCCCAACCUUGGCACCCAAACCAAAAACUGCAGAAGAGAGACAGUAUAAGUAUAGUGUCCAACUUGAGAGAUUGUUGUCCAACACCGAUCUACCAUUUCUUCAGCGCAUUGUGGCGGCGACAUGGAUAGAAUGUAGACUCCUCUUCCCCCUCGCCGCCCCCGCCAUCGCCGUGUACUUGAUAAACUUCCUUAUGUCCACGUUCACCCAAAUCUUUUCCGGCCACCUCGGCAACCUUGAGCUCGCCGCUGCCUCUCUUGGUAACAAUGGCAUUCAAAUGUUCUGCUUCGGUCUCAUGCUUGGAAUGGGAAGUACGGUGGAAACCCUUUGUGGCCAAGCAUAUGGGGCACAAAAAUACGAAAUGCUUGGAAUUUACACCCAAAGAUCAGCAGUCCUCCUCAAUCUAACUGGUGUC